ACGAGAGGUUAGUUUAACAAAUGUAUGUUGAUGUCGAAGAAAGCCGGUCUAUCUCAUUGAAUAAAGACGUAUUUUUAAUAAGUUAAAUAUAUUUUCACAUGUUACUUCGGAUACAUAAGUUAUACGAACAAAUUUGGAAUAGUCUUUUCAAAUGGAGGACAUAAUCGAUACGAAAGAAAAUUUGGCGCAAUCUAUACGACUUUUAAAUCAAGAGACUACACAGAGAAAAUCAUUUUUAAGGUUAAGUACAAAGAGUACCACGCCAAAGAGGAUAUCCUUGCAACAAAAUACUCAACCUCGCAAGGAUGAAGAUACAAAUCAACUUAAUGAUACACACAGCCCGAGAAUAUCUUCUAGGAAUUAUCUUAAUACAAAGGUAAUGAAGGGUCACAAUUAUUCAGACGUAGAUACAUCUUUGACCGUUGCACCUCAUGAAAUACGUGAUAUAAUGGCAUGUUCAGAAAAAAAUGAUAUGACCCUACGGGAGAUCAUGGAAGAUAGUAGUGUAACAGGAAUAAUUUUGAAAGCAAACGAACCAUGGCGUGAGGCUAAUACAAAAUUGUACUAUGAUUUUUUACAAUGCGUGCAAGCACAUCUUUCUGAAUUACAAGUAUUCGAUACCAUUGCAGAUUUUAUACAAAGUUGUACAGACACUUUGGAAAUAAUUAGAGGCAUGCAAGCUAAGGUUGAAAAUACAGUGAUAUCUUCCGAAGAAAUAUCAUUAGAAAAUGAAAGAAAUACUUGGAGACUUAUAUAUUGCCUUUAUCAAAAUAGGAUAAAUACAUCAGAAUUUGAUGCUCAAAUGGAAGAUAAUUCAGAAGUUACUUAUAUCUCGGAAAAAAAUGUAAUAAAUCAUUUAUAUAAAACUGAGAGUCAGACAAGAGAAUAUCAAUUAAUUAUAGAUUGGUUAGAAAAAAAUGCAUUGGAUCAAGCUAAUAGAUCACCAAAUAUAGAAUGUUUUACCGAUAAAACUGUUGCUUGGGAAAAUACAUUAUAUCAAUUGCAAAAUAAAAAUUUGGGAAUGGCUUUUGGAUCUUCUAGACCGUUAGUAUCUUCUAUGGAUCCUGAUGCUCCUAUAAGAGAAGGCAAACCAUUGCAUGAUUUAGAUAGAGAAGAUGAUACUAGACUUGAAAAACGAAUGUUUAUAGAAGUACGUUGUGGUCGUCUUCAAAAAGCACAAGCUUUAUCUAUUCAUUGUGGUCAACCAUGGAGAGCUGCAUGUUUAUUAGGAUGGAUACCGCAUCAUGAUCCAAAUUAUAACAAUCCUUUGACAGAUACCAAGGUACCUAUUGUAGGUAAUCCUAAUAGAGAUCUUUGGAAGCUAUGUGCUUGGGAACUUUCGCAGGACAAACGUAUCGGACAGUUUUAUCGUGCCAUUUAUGCUAGUCUUUGUGGCAAUGUUCAACAGUUGCUACAAAUUGCUUUGUCUUGGCAGGAUGCAUUAUGGGGUUACAUGAAGGGUCUUUUGGAUGUUAAAGUUGAAGCAGAAGUGAGAGAUACAAUGCCAAAAAAUUACACAGCCAUGCCUGAAGAAUACUGGAAGAAUAACAUUUCGUUAGAAGAAAUAUUUAAAGAGCUUCAUGCUUCAAAAAAUGAAUUGAUACGUGCUCAAGCUAAUAAACCAGAUCAUCUUAUACAAAAGUAUUUAAUAUUAGAUCAGAUUCCAAAGUUAAUGGAAGAAGUUGAAAGUAUGAUAGAUCUAGGGACCUGUGAUCCACAAUUUUUAAGAUUUUUAGCACAUUUAAUUCUCUUUUUACGACAAAUUGGAAAAAAUACAAAGGAUAAAAUAGGAGAUAAAGUAUUACAGGCUUAUGUAAGAAUACUUAUUAGAAUGGGUGAUCCAAUCUUGAUUGCAUUUUAUACAGCUACUUUACCACAAGAAGAUCAAAUAUCAAAUUAUGCCUCAUAUUUAGAAAAUGUUACGGAUUACGAGCAACGUAAGAGAUGUUUAGCUGCUGCAGAAGAUGCCAAUUUGAAUGUUGAAGCUAUUACAAAGACAGUUGUGGAAAGUAUACGUCAAAAGAAAACGGAGAUCAAAUCAGAUGAUUUAAAAGGUACUAUCACAGAUGCGGACAUGGAGAAGGUCAAUGCUUUGGAUUGGGUUAUUUUCUAUCAGAGCCAACGAGAGGAAGCAUUGUGGCAAACUAAUGCACUGAUAAGAUAUUUUCUUACCAAUGAAAAACUUGAUGCUGCACGGAAAGCUUUCAAUAAAAUUCCACCAGAUUCUAUUGAAUCAGUUAUGGCUGAAUAUCCAACUAUGGAAAGUACGCUUGCGAACCUUACAAUAACUGAUAAUUUAUCAAAAAGAGCAGCGAAUGCUAUUAGAGAAUAUUUAUGUUAUAAAACAUAUCUUGAUGCACAGGAAGGUUUUUCAGAAUGGUUUUCUCAUUUCCAUCAUGGUAAACCAACUCCAUUAGAAGAUCUACCAGCUUAUGCGACAUUUACAGAAAAAGUUGCUUAUGAUCAUAAGAAGGCUCAAUAUAAUACAGAAUUAGAUAGAUGGAAAUGUACUAUGCAACAUCAUACCAAAGCAGUUAAACAGCUUUUAUUUAACGUUCUUUUAUUUCCCGAUGGUGGUUGGCUCGUUGAUUCCAAUAAUAAUUCAGAUGAAGUUGAUGUUAAUUCAGAUGAGCCAUCUAUACCGGAAGAAGUAUUAAGGGAACAUCAAUUGAAAAAAUUACGCGAAUUAUGCAUUCCCAAAAUUGCACUCUUGUUACACACUGUCAUGUCUGAAAUGAACGAACAUGCUGGUUGUAUACAAUUAGCUGAUAUUCUUGCGUGUGAACAAUACCAAUUGUUUGAAGUAUUCCCUAAGGGACGACUUCGUGAAAUAUUUAAAAAAAUUUGUGAAUCUUCUCUCAUUCUGAUGGAUCAGAAAAAAGAUCCAUGGGGAUAUCCAAAGUAAUAUCUCUGUAAAAUACUAUUGUAAUUUUGUUUAAGAAGAAUUCUCUUUUGUU